AUGUCGCGUCGAGCGCGCUGUUCGACGGGGAGCAGAAGGGAGGCGAGCUGCAGCCGCCUCCGCGUGAAAUUUCCGGCAGGCCGUCCCGGACGCUGGGUAAAUACGCGUCAACAGCCGCCCUCGUUAUUCCGAACGUUCACCCCAUGGCCCACGGAGCGCAUCGUCAGUGUCGUUGAGCACGGCGCAAAGCAUACGACUGACAACGAGACAGCCCCGGGCUUCCACCCCCACCUUCCUGGUGCCGGCCACAGAUGGCUGGGCAAGCUCAUCGGCGCUUCAAUGUGGUUCUUCAUGUUCUACCGCAUCCGGUGCGUGCUAUACCAGGAUUCCUCCAGCUAG